AUGUCUACUGUUCCUAUCAAGGCCAUCGCGGCUGUGUCGGCCGUCGCAACAUACAUUCUCGUUGAAAAGCAGCCUGAAUUACUCCUAUUUUCAAGGCCGAGCUACCUAGGAACCUUCUCACAGUUGUGCACUGUUGGUUUUAUGAUCUUUGCCAUUUGGAGAGUCAUAUUAUGGCCGAAAUUCGUCUCCCCACUGAGGCACCUUCCCGGCCCCAGCGGAGGUAGCUGGUGGAAUGGGCAAUUCCCAGAUAUCUUGGCGAGGCCAACGGGAGUUCCGAUGAUUGAAUGGAUCAACUCAGUACCAAAUGAAGGUCUUAUUCGCUAUCUAGGGCUCUUGAACGCGGAACGCCUAAUUAUUGCUUCUCCAAAAGCACUCGGCGAAGUCCUCGUGGCGAAAAACUAUGAUUUUGUAAAGCCCACUCAUGUUACAGCUGGCCUUGGGCGAUUGCUUGGAGUCGGGGUUCUAUUGGCCGAAGGAGACGAGCAUAAGUUCCAAAGAAAGAAUCUGGCGCCAGCAUUCUCAUUCAGGCACACCAAAGACUUAUAUCCAGUGUUCUGGAACAAGUCCAGAGAGGUUGUACAAAAGAUGACCGAGAAAGUGAAAUCUGGCGGUGAUGCAUUACGACCAGACUCCAAAGACCCCAAAGACUUGGAGAAGAGCCCUGUGUCCGACGGAACACCCGUUCUUGAAGUAGGCGGCUGGGCAGGAAGAGUUACUCUUGACAUUAUUGGAGUUGCUGGGAUGGGCCAAGAUUUUGGUGCCAUUCAAAAUCCCAAUAAUCUUCUCAGUGUCACCUACCAGAAGAUUUUUAGACCGACAAAAUCAGCUGCAAUUUUGGCGUUGGCCGGUCUGCUUCUCCCGACCUGGUUUGUGAAGGCAUUGCCCGUGAAAAGGAACGAAGAUCUGAAUCAGGCCGCGGGGGUGAUUAGGGAUACCUGCAGGCAGCUCAUUCGCUCGAAAAAAGAGAAGCUCGAAAAGGGAGAGUUGCACGACCUCGAUAUACUGAGUGUUGCUCUAGAAAGCGGGGGAUUUACGGAUGAAAACCUGGUUGAUCAGCUUAUGACUUUCUUAGCCGCUGGCCAUGAAACCACAGCAACAGCAAUGACUUGGGCGGUUUACAUGCUCUGUUUGAACCCAGAAAUGCAAACUCGCCUUCGAGCUGAGAUCCGAGAUCAUCUUCCAAGCAUCGAAAACGACUCGACUGUAACUAGUCAACAGAUCGAUCACAUGCCAUACCUCAACGCUGUCUGCAACGAAUUACUGCGCUACUACGCUCCGGUACCUCUUACCCCCCGAAUCGCCGUACGGGAAACCACUAUCAUCGGCCAGAAAGUUCCUAAAGGUACACAAGUUAUGCUCAUCCCCUGGGCCGUCAACAAAGCCGAAAAUCUCUGGGGCCCCGAUGCUGGGAAGUUCAACCCGGACCGCUGGCUUCCGUCCGACGAGAACCCUCAGAGUGCCAACGGCGGAGCACCGAGCGCUUACUCCCUCCUUACUUUCUUGCAUGGGCCGAGAAGUUGUAUCGGGCAAAGUUUUGCCAAGGCGGAGUUCGCGUGCUUACUGGCUGCUUGGAUUGGACGUUUUGAAUUUACACUUUGGGAUGAGAAUGAAAGGGACGAGGUGAAUAUCAAGAUUAAGGGGGGCGUCACGGCUAGACCUGCCAAUGGGAUGUAUGUUAAGACCAAGGUGGUAGAUGGAUGGUAA